AUGGCCGACGACGAGAAGACAAAGGCCGAGAAGCUUGCUGCCGCGAAGAAGCGCGUCGAGGCCAUGAAGAAGAAGAAGAACAAGAAGGCUGGGUCAUCCAAGACGAAAGAGGAGGCAGAACCUGCUGCUGCGGCCGAGGCCGAGGCCGAAGCUGCGCCUGCCGAGGAGAAGCUGGAGGAGAAGCCGGAGGUGAAGGCUGACGAAGCUGUCGAGGAGAAGAACGAGGAGGCAGUCGAAGACACCAAGCCCGAUACAGAAGAGCCCAGCACCGAAGACCGUCCCGCGUCCCCAUCCCAAGCACAACCCUCACUGGCCCAGCAAUCCAAAUUACGAUCAGCUUCUUUCCGCAAGGGGUCUAUAUCCACCGGUGUCACCGGGCCUCUGUCGCCUGGCCCGUUCAGCCCCGAUGGCGAGUCGGCAACCGACAUUUAUCGAAAGCACGUCACACGCAUAGAGGAGCUGGAGAAGGAGAACAAGCGGCUCGCCAAAGACGCCACGGAAUCGGAGAAGCGAUGGAAAAAGGCUGAGGAGGACCUUGCCGACCUGCGUGAGGAGGACGGCGACGCCAGCGCGAAGCCGCCUGCGUCGGACGAACAGGUCGACAAGCUCAAGUCUGAAAUCGCGGCGCUCGAGCGCCAAAAUUCCCAGCUCCAGCAGCAAGUCUCCCGGGGCACGGCACGUCAUGGAUCCUCCCCGUCGUCCACCACGGGCUCGCCGCCCGCCGUCGCCGAGCUUGAAGCCCGCCUGAUCGAUAAGUCAGCCACGAUUGAGACGAUGGAGCUCGAGAUAUCCAAGCUCCGCGCCCAGCUCGAGCGCAGCACCUCGGACCGCGAACAGAUCCCCGCUCUCGAAGAGCGGGUGGCCCGCUCGGAGAAGGCCGCCGGCUUCGCCCAGGGGGAGUUCGCCGACUUCCGCCGCAACCUCGACCCGCACCGGCCAAAAAGGCCGUCCGGCGAGGGCAGCGAGGGCACGAGCCCCGAGACCAAGUUGCGCCCCCUCGGGACCAACCUCGCGAGGCAUUCCCGGGGGCCUCAGGCCCAAAAAAAAGCCGAGGAGCAGACGCGCGGCCGCAGGCAUAGCCCCCGACCAAGGAAGCGCCCGGAGAAGGAGGCAUCGAGUCCAAGACCAAGGUCGAGACCUUCGACGCAGGGGCCCACCCUUCGAGCCGCAAGUCGCCGAGGGCGGGGCGGCCUCGAGACGAGGCGUCGAAGAGCUCGAGACAAGAGGCCUACGCCUGGAGAAGAAGGUCCGCGAGCUCGAGAGCGAGAAUCACGACCUGCGCGCGGCCUGUGGCAGGACAAGAGGCGCCAGCUCAGCGGCGGGCAGGACGUCGCGAGUCCCGGGGGCGGCUUCCAGGACGUCGACCUCGGCGGCGCCUCGCCGCUGGCCGGGCGCAAACACGGCCAGCACGGUGGCGGCGGGCUCGGGGAUUUCUUCCAGAGCGGCAUCAACGCGCUCACGGGCCACGGCGGCGACGAGGACGGCUUCCUCGAGGAUGACGAUAUGGACUUUGAUGAGGACGCGUUCCGUCAGGCGCAGGCCGACGAUGCCAAGGCGCGGCUCGAACGCAUCAAAGAUAUCAAGCGCGGGCUCAAGAACUGGGAAGGCUGGAGGCUGGAUCUAGUGGAGAUCCGCCGGGGCGGGGAGGAGGGCCACGGAGAAGUGUUCGAGGUGUAG